GUACUGAAGUCUCCUAGGAGACGAGGCGGGGGGUGGUUAAAAGGAUCGUUGUUGAGAGGCUGUGAGUCUCUCUGCGGGCCCGUGUCUUCUUCCGUGCAGAUGUCGAGUUAACACGACACUGGCGUGCCGCCGUGGGGGUCUUGCAGAGAGCAUCUCGCCGGCCUGCGACGCGCCACACCGCGACGCCACGGCCGCUACCGGUGCUGCCGAACUGACACAGCGAGCCCUCUGCCACGACUAUCAUGACACCAACGCAGCCUUAAAUGUGUCGCGCGCGCCAGGAUCGCAGACGUCGCGCGCCCGGGAUGUGCUGACUCAUGCCCGGAGGGACUGUCGCUGGUGAGCUGCUGGAUCACCCUGCCGUGGUGAGCGACAUCGUCCCGCGGUGAGCUGAAUCACCUACAGGAACGCCUGUGGUUCGGAGUUAAUUUGCCGGGCCAUCUGCUGAGCUGCGCCUUUAUUGUCUGCUGAGCUGGAUCGUCAUCUGGUGAGCUGAAUCGUCAUCCGGUGAGCCGAAUUCAGCAUCUGGUGAGCGAGGCCGCAUGCGAGGUAUCCUUCAGGGCCAUCUGGUGGAGCUGAAAUCGCCUGGUGGAGCUGCUGACCACUACCAACGCUGCUACCCGGCCACCGCUACUACCCAACCACCACAGCUACCCAACCACCACAGCUACCCGGCCACCACAGCUACCCGGCCACCAGGAACCACCCCCCGCCCCUACCCAGGGGGGUGCCAUGUCGCGCGAGAGCUGCUGCGAGGAGAUGGAGUGCGGCAUCUGCUACGGGGAGUACUCGCGGCGCGGGCGCUCGGUGCCCAAGCGUCUGCCCGCGUGUGGCCACUCGUUCUGCGGCGCCUGCGUCCUCCUGCUCGCGCGGCCCCAGCAGGGCAAGGGCAGCAGCGCCCUGCCGUGCCCGCUCUGCAGGGCGCUCUCCCUCGUGCCAGCGCAGGGCCCGGAGUUGCUGUCGGCGCUGCAGGACGACAUUUCGCUCACGUCGCGAAUCGUCAGCCGGCCCGACGACGAGGAGGAGGGGGGGGGUCACGUGACGGGCGAGAGGGACGACGACGGCGGCGACGAGGAGGAGGAUGAAGAGGAGGAUGAGGCGAACGAGGUGGUGGUGACGUCGCAGCGCGUGGAGUUGGUGCUGCCAAAAAUCAAACUCCUCCCGCUGCGCAUGUUCAGGCGCGUGCCUUACAAGAAGCUCUUCUGAGUCGUCAUCAUCAUCAGCAGCUGCUGCUGCAUCAUCAUCGUCAUCAGCAGCAUUAUCAGCUGCAUAGUAACCGCAUCAAAAGCAGCAUAAAAACAUUGUCAUGGAAUGCGCUUUUGUGUCAUCAUCAGCAUCAUCAUGAGCAUCAGCAGCAUCAUCAGCAGUGUGAACAGCAGCAGCAGUCCGAAGAACGACAUCAUCGUCGCAUCAUCUUCAUCAGCAGCAGCAGUAUUGUAACAUGAGCAGCAGCAACAACACCCGAAUAGGCAUCAGCAUCAUCAUUAGCAGCAGUACACAUGGGGUGAUCAUCACACUCCUCUGAGUCAGUCGGCAGCAUCAUCGCCAUCAUCAGCGGUGAUGCCACCUCACCGUCACCAUCUCCCAACGUGUGCUCCCUGCUCCUCCUGCCCCCUCGUGUCUCCCACCCCUGGGGGAAGGGGUGAGGGGUGAGGGGGUGGUGCUGGGGGUAGGGAGAUAUUUUGGGGGGUAAGGUCACAACGUAGGCUUGAUGCUGGACAUUAGAGCCACCACCAACACUACCGCCGGCUCCACCACAAUCACGAACGCCAUCGCCAACACCACCACCCCUACUGCCUCUACCGCCUCCACCACCGCCACUGCCACAAUCACCAACGCCACCACUACCGCGUUCACCACAAUCACCGCCACCACUCCUAUCACUACCACCACCAUCA